AUGUUUAUUAUCAAUUGGUUCUGGGAUGUCCUUGCUCAGCUGGGUCUGUUGCACAAGAACGCGAAGAUUCUCUUCCUCGGUCUCGACAAUGCUGGAAAGACUACACUGCUUCACAUGCUGAAAAAUGAUCGCCUCGCGACGCUUCAGCCCACGCUUCAUCCUACUUCUGAGGAACUUGCUAUUGGAAGCGUCAAGUUCACUACCUAUGAUCUUGGAGGACAUCAGCAAGGCAAGUUGGCUGUUUACACCUUUUUUCGAUGCUUAUCUGACGCAUGUAUGCCACUCAUAGCUCGUCGCCUCUGGAGAGACUACUUCCCAGAAGUAGACGGAAUCGUCUUCUUGGUUGAUUCUGCAGAUUUUGAACGUUUCCCUGAAUCCAAGGCCGAAUUGGACGCUCUUCUCUCUAUCGAGGAACUGAGCAAGGUGCCGUUCCUGAUUUUGGGCAACAAAAUCGACGCCCCUGGUGCGGUUAGCGAGGAGGAGCUACGCCACCAUCUUGGACUUUUCCAGACUACCGGAAAGGGUAAAGUCCCCCUGAAGGACAUCCGGCCAAUUGAGAUCUUCAUGUGCUCGGUCGUCCAGCGACAGGGCUACGGAGAAGGUUUCCGUUGGGUUUCUCAAUAUAUUUAA